UCAGUCCAUGGCAAAUGGUAGGGCUGUGUUUCCACCCCUGGGUCAGUUGAUUCCAGGUGUACUGGACACUCCUCCAAGUGAGGAGGACAAAAAUUCAAGGACUGCUUGAAUUUUUAUUCGUUUUUACUUUUCUGUGGUCUCUGGAUGGCAAACUCUGAAAAGAAAUGCAGUUUUAAGAGAUACCAAAGAUGAUGACUAGAAAGAUUAAGCUCUGGGACAUUAAUGCCCACAUAACCUGUCAUUUGUGCAAUGGAUACCUGAUUGAUGCCACCACUGUAACAGAAUGCUUACAUACUUUCUGUAGAAGCUGCUUGGUGAAGUAUUUGGAGGAAAACAACACCUGUCCAACAUGUAGGAUAGUUAUACACCAGAGCCAUCCAUUACAGUAUAUCGGUCAUGAUAGAACAAUGCAAGAUAUUGUUUACAAACUUGUGCCAGGCCUCCAAGAAGCGGAAAUGAAAAAGCAGAAGGAAUUCUAUCACAAACUGGGUAUGGAAGUACCAGGAGACAUCAAAGGGGAGACAUGCUCUUCAAAGCAACAUCUAGAUUCGUAUCGCAAUGGUGAAACUAAAACAGAUGAAAAUUCAAACAAAGAAACUUCUGAAGAAAAAGAAGAUAAUGACUAUCAUCGAAGUGAUGAACAGGCACUUCUGUGCAUGCCUUCCUUUCUUUGGGGGUCCUUGGUGGUCUUUUUUGAUGAAGUACCCUUUUAUCCAUAUAUGGUAAUGUGUCCUAGGUAAAUGUUAAGCAAUUUUUUUUGUCCUGUACUGCGUAA